UCCACACCUCCCAGCUAAUCAUUACAGCAGCUAAACAAUCAUUACACAACUAACAUGACUUGCUUUCUCACCACUCAAUGUCUCUAAAGACAAAAAGGUUUUUGGGAAAGCAUGGAUGAAAAGCAGGAUCCGGACAGACCCACAUGGAGCCGACAGAUUGAGUUUACUUUGGCUGGGAUUGGAUGUGCUGUGGGAUUAGGGAAUGUCUGGAGAUUUCCGUACCUGUGCUACAGGAGUGGUGGAGGUGCGUUUCUCGUACCCUACCUGCUCAUGUUGGUGGUACUGGGUAUCCCGCUGUUACACAUGGAGCUGACGUUGGGUCAGUAUCUGAGGAGAGGUCCUGUCCAGGCCUUGGCCAAAGCCUGUCCCUUGUUCAAAGGUGUUGGCAUGGCAACUGUAGCCAUCUCUUUCAUCAUGUGCACGUAUUAUAAUAUCAUAAUCACGUGGGCGCUGUAUUAUAUGUUCAGCUCUUUUCGGAGCGAGCUGCUGUGGGAAAACUGUAACAACACGUGGAACACAGUCAACUGUACAGAUCGCGUGACCAACAGCUCAUCUGCAUCCACUGCAAGUCAACAGUUCUUCAAUUUAAAGGUGUUGGAGAGAACUGGAGGUGUGGAGGAGGCGGGAUAUUUAAGAUGGGAACUCUUUCUCCUGUUAAUGUUGUCCUGGAUCCUCGUCUACCUCUGCAUCUUCAAAGGAGUCAAAUCUACUGGGAAGGUUGUGUAUUUUACUGCCCUGUUCCCGUAUGUGAUCCUUCUGGCUCUGUUGAUCAAUAACGUUCAGCUGCCGGGAGCGAUGGAUGGCAUUCGUUUCUUCAUCAUACCUGAGUGGAACAAACUACUAGAUGUUCAGGUCUGGGUCAAUGCCGCAGCUCAGAUCUUUAACUCCAUUGGCAUCGGCUUUGGAUCUCUGAUGGCGAUGGCCAGUUACAACUCCUACAACAACAACAUUCUCAAAGACACUUUGGCCAUUGCCAUCACAAAUUCUGCAACGAGUAUUUUCGCAGGAUUUGUGAUUUUCUCUGCAUUUGGCUACAUGUCACAUCUUCAGAACGUGCCGGUCAGUGAAAUCGCUGUGGACGGUCCUGGUCUGGUGUUUGUGGUUUACCCACAAGCCUUUGUGACGAUGCCUGUCGCUCCUCUGUGGGCGGUGCUGUUUUUCUUCAUGCUCCUUUGCCUCGGAUUGGACAGUCAGUUUGCUAUGGUGGAGGUGAUGGUGACCAGCGUGUUAGACGGUUACAGUAAACCAGUACUGAAGUAUCUCAGACGGAAGGAGUUUCUUGUUCUUGUGGUUUGCUCUGGAGCUUUUCUGCUGGGUAUCCCUCAUGUCAUGCAGGUUGGCAUCUAUGUGUUUCAGCUGAUGGAUCACUACACAGCUAUCGUGUCCAUCAUGUUCUUGGCAUUUUUUGAGGUGAUUGGUGUCUGCUGGCUUUACGGUGUGAAGCGUCUGUCCAGUAAUUUAACAGAGAUGACGGGGAAAGCUCCCAAUAUUUUCUUCCGUGUGUGCUGGUGGAUUAUUUGUCCUGUUUUGAUCACUGUUAUCCUGGUGUUUUCAGUGAUUCAGUUUAAACCGGCGCGUUAUGAGAGUUAUGAAUACCCGGCGUGGGCUCAAGGGGUCGGCUGGCUCAUCGCUUUGGCCUCCAUCAUUUGGAUCCCAAUCGCAGCCCUGCACACACUUUGGGUUCUGCCCGGCUCUUUAACUGAGAAACUAAAGAAGUCCAUCACACCGUUUUCUCUGGAUGAAAUAUCUGAGAGCUCAGAUUACCAGCAGAAAAUUGAGGUUUUGGAGGUCAUCGGUUCAUCUGUACCUCCUCCUGAAAAAGACUUGGUCCAGACUAACUUAUGAACUUUUGAUCUGCCUUUAAAGGCCAUCGUACAGCCGGACUAAAUCUAACUAAUCCUCCUGUGGACAUAAGCCAAAGAUUAUUUACUGCAUCUAAUAUCAGCUACCAGAACUGGAUUUCUGUAUUUUAUUUUACAAAAUAUUUAUGGGACAUUAUGUUGAUAUGAAUAAACAAAAUAAAUCAUAAUUUAACAUGUCAAUCGGGAAAGAAUUAAAAGUGGACAUUUAUGUUGCCCAUCACAUUUUUAUUCUCAUGUGGAUGCAUUUUUGAUUUCAAGAUAUGAACUUUUAUAUGCGUUUGAUGACUUAACAACAUGAGAUAAGACACUGUCAGGGUCCAAACAGUGAACUUUACACUCCGUAUAACAAAACCACCUCAACUUACUGUAUGUGUUUCUUAUUUUGUAGGCCUACUUCCAUUUUAAAGCGUUUCAAAUUAAAAUUCAUGCUAAUUUAUUCAUGCUGAAAACAUACAAACUAAAUAAUAAUGUUAACAUUGGCUUAAAUCUGUAUUCAUUUAUACAUAAGAUCAGAGAGGUACAUUUUAAAAUCCCCACAGAUUGAGACUUUACUCGGCAGUAAACUUCUGACCAAAGUCUUAAGUGUGUAAAUCUCACAGCAAACUUUUUAAAACACAUUUGACCCCAAAAUCAAAAAGAAACAGAAACAAUUUUCAGAAAAAUAAAACAGGUAAUUUUUUAAAGAGAAUAUAUUUUGGUAACGCGUUACAAUAAGGUUGUAUUUGUUAACAAUUAGUUAAUGCAUUGGCUAACAUUAACUAAUAACGAACAAUACUUCUACAGCAUUUAUUAAUCUUAGUUCAUGCUAAUUUUAGCAUUUAUAAAAACAAGCAUUUAAACUGUUAACAUUAGUUAAUGAACCAUGAACUGACAUUAACUAACAUUAACAAAAAUAUUGUUAUAAUAGAUAUUAUUCAUGUUAGUUCAUGCAUCUACUAAUGUUUAUUAAUACAACCUUAUUGUAAAGUGUUAUUAUUAAAAAAUAAUA